CGCGCACGUUGGAGGCAAAGUCAAGAGAAGUGUAGGGCGCGGCAAAGCCAAAGAUUUUCAUGUAGACGGGAGCAGAAUCCACUGAAAGGCUGGUGGCUCCUUUGACCAUGCAAACAUGGAUCAGGGCAGUGAUAAGGUCAACAAUGAGGGCAGUAAGCUGACACACUACGAAGGCACAGAGAAGCUUCUAGAACUAUGGUUUGACACCAUCACCCUGGAAAAUGGAGAGGUUAAAAAGCCUAAGUUGCCAGAUGACCUCCGAGUCAUUCCAAGAGAUGAGAUUGCUGAAAUGCUUGUCAAAGUGAAGUGUGAAAUCGUUAGCUUUUCAGAGCGAGAUGAGCAGUAUGCAUAUGUAUUGAGUGAAAGUAGCCUUUUCAUCAGCAAGAGACGCUUGAUCCUAAAGACUUGCGGCAUGACCACCAUUCUAGCUAGUCUUGAGCCUCUUAUUACCUUGGCUGAAAAAUACUGCAACUUCAAAGUAGUUGAUAUAUUUUACUCCAGGAAGAAUUUCAUGCGACCGGAUCUUCAGCACUCCCUCUAUAAGAGCUUUGAGGAUGAGGUCAAGUACCUCGAUUCAAUCUUUGAUCGUGGCGCUGCCUAUGUCUUGGGGAGGAUGAAUGGGGAUUGUUGGUAUCUUUACACAUUGGACAACUCCAGUAUUGAACAACCUGAUCAGACUCUGGAAAUCCUCAUGACCGAGCUAGAUGAUGAAAUCAUGGCCCACUUCCAGAACACCAAGGGACGCAAGUCAGAAGCAGUCACUAAGGACAGUGGAAUAGCUGAUCUUUUACCAGAUUGUAUGAUUGACGGCUUUGUGUUUGAUCCAUGCGGCUACUCAAUGAAUGGACUGCUACAAAAUGAUGGCUAUGUCACUAUCCAUGUUACACCAGAAAAGGAAUUCUCCUAUGUCAGCUUUGAGACCAAUGCUUCCAUGGAGGAGUAUAGUAGCCUCGUUGAGCGUAUUCUCACUACCUUCAGGCCUGGGAAAUUUGUUAUGACGCUCUUCACUAAUGAGCAAGCAGCAUGCCGGUCAAGCCGUGGAGCCUUGAAGGAGACUUUCCUUGACCGCUACACCCGCCAAGAUCGCCAGUACUCUGAGUUCAAGAACUAUGACCUGACCUUCGGCCAUUACAUCAGAGACAAGAAAGCGUAAGGUCAUUCUUUAGACCGCUUCCAAAAUUGAUUCAGUUGAUCUCAUACAGAAUUUUUUCUUUAUUUUGCAUCUUAUAAUCAUGUUUAUUAUUGAGGCAAUUUUGAAGGGGAAGGAACAUAUAAUUUUGGUUAUAAUUAUAUUCUUGUUAUUAAUGGUGAUAUUGAUGGUACUUGAGGAUUAAUCUGUUUGAUUAUAAAAUGUUAUGAUAAUAUAUAUUUCUAGAUGCUUUAUGGUUGUAUUUAAAUGUUUGGGUCAGU